AUGUCUCAGCAGCUAAGGCUACUUCUCAAGAUAUUUGGCUUAGGAGAAUUCUUGAAGAUAUUGGUGAAAAACAAAAAAGGAGGGACUGUUUUGUAUUGCGAUAACAAAUCCGCGGUUGCCAUUGCCAAGAAUCCGGUCAACCAUGAAAGAUCGAAGCAUAUUUCCAUCAAGUACCAUUUUAUUCGAGAAGCACAAGAGAAAGGUGAAAUUCAGUUGCAUUAUUGCCAGACAGGAGAACAACUUGCUGACAUCUUCACCAAAGCACUUCCUAGAGAAAAAACAGACUUCAUUCUCAGUAAAGCAGCCUAUGCUAAUCUUGCUAAGCAACCUAAUAUGGCUAAGCAAUUGUUUGCUAAAGGAGUGGUUGAAAUAGAAUACGGUAGAGUUUCUUGCAAAAUCGGAGGAAAUCUCAUGCUUAAAAUCAAUAAAUAUAGGAAGUACCGUCACUACCUCGCUAUAGUAGUUAUGAACCAAGGUGGUGCCACUGACAUUCUUGAUGUCGAAGUUUACGAGGAAACAAAACAAUGGUUAUCAAUGAGGAGGGCUUAUGGAGCUGUGUUCCACCUGACAAGCCCACCAAGUGGUGAUCUUAACGUGAGAUUCCUCACAAGUGAUGGUAAUGAAAUCAAAUGGGUGCAGUCUAACAAGGAUGUAAUCCCUGCUGAAUGGAAAGCUGGGAUUACUAUUGAGACAGACAUUCAACUCUCUUAG